AUGUUCCGCCAGCUGACCAGAGACCACACAAAGGUAAAGUCACCACUUUUGAACUUCUCUACGCGUUGUAAGGUCCGCUCCCUAGAGGUAUCAGUGCCAAAUGCCAUGUGAAUACUUAGGGUUGCCGCCAGGGCCGGGCGCUGGGAGGGGGGGGCGCUGGGAGGGGGGGGCGCUAGGAGGGGGAGACGAGGGAGGGGGGGGAACAAAAAAAUUUUGAAAAAAGUUGAAUGUGGUCCCCCCCCCCUGUGGAUUCUUGGAAAAAAAGUUUUCAAUCCUCGCCCCAGACGAAAAGUCCCCGCCCGGCACUGGUUGCCGCGGUUGCAUUGCAGUCAAUUUUGUAUUUCUAAACUGUGUUCAAAGCUAUGCUUAAAGAAAGCGCUAAAGCAAGGGUUCUGAGCCUGAGCACCGUAGGGUAGAAUCCGGCUUAUAAAGCAUGUUUCAAACUCUAGUAUUGACUGUAAGCUUGUUUUUUCUUUUCUUUUUAUUUGUUUUACUGUGGUGACGUCAAAAUAGCAUACGAUUCAAAAUUACAUUGCAAUUUCAAAAUAACUUUUGAAGCAAAAAGCUUCAAAAAAAAAAUUAUGAAAAAAUCGAGAGGAUUAUUGUUAUUUCUCGCACAAUAUCCUUGUUUUUGUUUGAAUUAAUGCCGAUACGGAUCUGUAAGAUAAAAUACUAAGAUUCGCUUUGUUUUUACUGAGGAAGUAAUCCAAUAACUUGAGCAAAUUAUUUGUUUUGGAACUGUUUGAAACUAGCUAAUCCUCAAAUCUUGUUUUUAGCCUAAGAGUGAUAUUUCUAGAUUAAAAGUGCUAUUUCUAGCCUAACGGUGCUAAUUUUAACUUAAAAGUACCAUCUCUAGCUUACAAUUGCUAUUUAUUGCCUGAGGAGGCUAUAUUUAUAUAAGAGUGUUACUUCUAGUCUAACAGUACCACUUCUAGCUUGGAGUUGCCAUUUCUAGCAUAUGUGUACCAUUUUUACCUAAAAAAGUACCAUUUUUUUAAUCUAAAAGUGUCAUUUCUAGCCUGAGGAUAAAAUUUUUACCGAACACUACCAUUUCUAGCAUAAAAGUACUAUUUGUUGCCUAAGGGUACCAGUUCUACUCUAACAGUACCAUUUCUGGCUUAAAGGUGCUAUUUCUAGCCUACAACUACCACUUCUACCUUAAAACUGACAUUUUUAGCCCAAGGGUACCAAUUCUAACCUAACAGUACCAUUUCUAGUUCAAAGGUGCCACUUCAAACCUAAAGGUACCAUUUCUAGCCCAGAGAGUACCACUCCUACCCUAAGGGUGCCAUUUCUAACCUACAAGUACCAUUCCUAGCCUAAGGCAACAAAAUUUGAAAAAUUAUUUUUCGAAAUUUCUAUUGUCUUAGAUUUAUGUUACAGUACAACCAGCUUACUCCGGUUAAUUUACAGAGUAAAAAACGCCUUGAUAUACAAGGUCUAAGGUUCAUUGCUAUUGUGGCUGUACUCUGGUUUCACAUUUGGCCAGAUAUCUUCCCUAAUGGCUUCUUGGGGGUGGAUAUGUAAGUUUUUGUGUUGUUUUUGGUUGUAAAGAAAGUUCUUGCCAUUUUUUGUUUUGUAAAGAAAGUUCUUGCCAUUUUUUCUUUUGUAAAGAAAGUUCUUGCCAUUUUUUGUUCUGUAAAGAAAGUUUUUUGCCAUUUUCUGAUUUGUAAAGAAAGUUUUUGCCAUUUUUGUUUUGGAAAGAAAGUUCUUGUCAUUUUUUGAUUUGUAAAGAAAGUUAUUGUUAUUUUUUGACUUUGUUUUUAUGGUUUUUAAAGUCGAAGAUUAGUGGAAGAUUUGUAAUGUAUUUUGCACUAAAAAUCUUUCACUCAACUUCCAUUUUUAAAAUUUCUUGAAACGUCCUAAAAAUGACUUUUAGACACUUUUUAGAAGUGGAAGUUCCGUGGAAGAUUUUCAGUGCAAAAUACAUUACAAAGCUUCCACUCAACUUCCACUUUUUAAAAAGCACAUUUUUGUUAUAAAAUGACAUUUUCUUAUAACAAAAUGAAACUUUUUGUUCAAGGUCAUCAAAUUGUUUGCUCAUUCCAGGUUCUUUGUCCUCUCAGGUUACCUAAUGUACACGAUAUUAUCCUCCAAGCCCUUGAAUACCCACUCAGUAAGCGAUUUUUACUAUCGUCGUAUCAAGCGAAUACUGCCAACUUACUUCUCAUUGGUACUAUCAAGUUUGCUGAUAGGAUUCUACACGUUUCAUCCAUCGGAAUAUCCAAAUUUACACCGGGAGUCGCUGCCGGCUGUCACUUUGACUUCGAAUAUCUUCAAUUUGCCUGAGCUCGGCUACUUUGCCAACAACAACCUCUACAACCUGUUCUUGCAUACCUGGUCGUUAUCGGUGGAAUUUCAGUUUUAUUUACUGUGCCCUUGGCUAUUUUACUGUUUUACUGCGUUUGGUCAUACUGUAAUGGUAAUGGUAUGGACGAGUAUUACUGUAGCUUCGUUUGUUUUUCAGUGGAUGCAUACUUUUGGUAGGUUGCACUACCCUACCCUACCCUACCCUACCGUAUCAUCUCGUACCCUACAAACAUGUUUAAUCGUAUAAAAUGUCCCCUUUACAGACACAAACGUAUCCCAUAUGAACACUAGUGCUCGGCUAUGGCAAUUUCUAGCCGGAUUUGCUGUAGCAAUCAUCAAACAGUACCUCCACUACAUUGACAGUACCAACAAUACCAUCAGUACCAAGCCCAACAUAAUUGCUAUUUUCAAUAACAUGUUGACGAAACUAUCUGCUACAGUAUACAACACAAAGACAUUGAUAACAACGUGUCUACUAAUACCAUUAUUAUUCAUAAACCAUGGCAUUGACAUUGUAAAACUAAGGCUAUGGGUUACGGUAAUUACGGCCGCUUUAAUAGUGCAUGACAAGCCUACAGUAUUCUCGCAUUACUAUUGUGUUUACAUUGGCGACAUAUCGUACUCGGCGUAUUUACUGCAUUGGCCGAUUAUAAAGUUGAUCGAUUAUAGUCAAGGGAGUCAUGCUAGAUCAGUGUUGUGUAAGGCUAUUUUUUUCCAAUUUUUUAGUAUUCACAAGGAAAGUAUCCGACCUGCCCCGCCCUGAUUGACUUGAAACUCUUUAUAUAGGAAGAUCAUGUAAAUAUAAGAUCUUUAGCAAAGUACUAAAUCGCGCUUUCACCUUGUCUGAAAAGCGGAAAAAAGUGCUUGAUACACAAGGCCAAAUUUGCCAAAUUGGCAGGAAACUCAAAUAAUUUAAAUUCAAAACUCAAAAGUGCGAACUAAAUUUUUUAUGGGUACUAUUGGUGAUACAAAGAAUUCAUAUAAAUAUUUUGAGCUGAUUCUGAGCGGGGCAGGUAGGUUACCCUCCUUGUCAAUUUAAAAAAAAUCAAUAAUUUUUGUGACAUUUCGCUAAAAUAUUAAAAAAUCAAUAACUGUUAAGACACUUCGUUACAAAUCUCACAAUCAGUAUUUUUGUGACAUUUCGCAACUUUUCAUAAAAUCCAAUAAUUUUUGUGACAUUCCGCCACAAUAUUAAAAAAACAGUAAAUUUUGCGACAAUUCGUUCCGAAUUUCGAGAAACCACAUUUCUGUGACAUUUUUCAACUAUUCUACGUAUCCAUUACUUUUUGUGACAUAUCGCAACACUUCUUAAAAAUCGAUCAUUUUUGUGACAUUUUGCUAUAUUUUAAAUAAUCAAUACUUUUUUUGGCAUAUCGCAACAAUUCUUAAAAAUCCAAUAAUUUUUGUGACAUUCUGCAACAUUUGUCAAAUUUAGCAUUAUUGCCAAAAUAUCCCAAGAUUUAUGAUAAAUCAAUAUUUCAUGUGACAUUUUGCAACUUUUUACGUUUUUCAGGCGGUGCAGUAAUCCUUCUCUUAUCAGUACAACUUGGCGAUUGGGUGGAGAAAGCUUUUAUCAAAAUCGGCCGAAAAGUGACAACUUGGCUACAGCUACUUUCAAUAAUCGUUCCUAUCUUCAUCUCCGUUCUUUUAUUACGUUAUUUCAUUGUGAGACAACUUGAUGACACUUUGGUACCUAAUGACCUGGCUUCGAAUAUAAAGCACUUUGAUUCACAAGAUCCUUCUUUUAUCAGUUUGGCCGAACAUAUUUAUCACCGGAGGGCCGAAAACUUGAGUUUGACAACAAAGGAGCUGGUGUACUUGAAUCAGGCCAUGGCUGUUUAUAAUGACUGGUACUAUACUUGUUUUAGUAAAGUUGAGACUAUCAAACAGUAUGGUGAUAGCUACUGGACUGACAAUUUUCAAUUUGCUUCUAGGUUUGAGGUAAGCUAUCCUACCCUGCUUUACCCUACCAUACCCUACCCCGCCCUGUCCUGCAGUAUCGUACCCUAAAGCCUUCAACCUAACGUAAUGUUUUGUACUUUCAGGGCAAAGGCGAAUAUGAAGUAGUAGUGAUAGGCAAUAGUGUCGCCAGAGCCAUCGUUACUGGCUUGAGGCAGUUAUGGAAUCACAAAUAUAAAGUGUUAACCAUAGCUGGAAAGUCUGCCGAAGUGCCAUUUAAACCAUUAGAUUUGGAUAUACUGCAAGAAAACAAAUAUCUAAAGUUCUUGCAGACCUUUAACAGAACUAUCGACAUUGUCAUGGUUCAGCAUACGUAAGAGUUUAAUCCUAAACAAGUGUUCUAUUACCUAAAAAUCGAAAAUGAGCUUUAUCUCUGUCCAUUCAAGUAUAAAAGUACAAAAACAUUUUUUUCAUUUUAGCUACUUCAACAUCCCAGACCUAUUCGGAGAGUCGUAUGUGUCAGAAAACAUGACCCAAGAUAUAUAUGACUUUUACCGUGAACUUGAAAAAAUACCCACUAAAGCAGUUAUGAUCGGCUUACCAGAAGUAAUAUCAGAAGCUAACCUACAAUAUUCAUUGAGCGUCCUUCAGAGGAGUCAAAGUUAUGACAAAGUUAGCAUUGAUUGGAAAGUAAGUGCUUUACCGUAUCGUACCUUAUUCUAA